UCUUAUAAUCGAUCCCAGCUGCCCUCAAAACCGCUAAUAAUUCCCCAAAGGCAAUAAUAUGCAGGCCUGUGGCUUGGCUAGAUGGAAGCAGCCUAGAAGCACCUCACCCAUCUUCCUCUAUGCCAAAAGCACUGCUGUGCGGGGCCAAUGAUACCUACUUGGGGUGGACUGAAAAACGACCUGUAUUUGCUUGAUGCCCACAGGCACCUUGAUUGUGACGAGCACGCGGCCGCUGAGCAGGUAUCCCGGGGACUCAUCGGGGCUGCCCUGAAGCACGACGUCUCCGAGCGCAAAGACAUGGAUGUUAGGCAACAGCAUAAACUGUGUAUACAGUCACAAAAAUUAAGGAAGGAUAUAAUAAGAAGAGUAUAGAAUUCGGAAUAGAGCGUUACCAGUACUUUUGGAUCUUUAAACAACAAGGGAC